AUGCUGCGGAAGCUGGAAAGGAAGAGGGGCGUCAUCGUUCCAGCAGUAUUCAGCCCUGGAAGCAUGGAGGCAGCUCGGCUUUAUUGGGUCAAGGCGACUCAAGCCUAUCAUCUCCAAGCCGAGUGUGACAUCAUCUCUCACGGAUUGCAGUUGAAGAAGUCUCAUCCGUUGACCAAGCUCACGGUCUUCAUUGAUCAACAAGGAUUUCUCAGAGUCGGCGGGCGGUUGAAGUUCUCUACUCUAGGGCCAGAGAGUAGGCAUCAGGCCAUCAUCCCUCAAGGCUCAGUGCUCGCCGAGCUCAUCAUAAGCGACUCUCAUCAGCGGCCGCUGCACGGUGGGACUCAACUCACCUUGGCACAUCUCCGGAGGUCUUACUGGAUUAUUGGAGGUCGUCUACCAGUAAGAUCCUUCAUCCUCAAGUGCGUGGAGUGCGCACGUCAUCGGGGGAUCCGCGCUCAGCAGCUGAUGGGUCAGCUUCCAGUGGCACGCUUGGUGGCGGACCGUGCCUUCUCUAACACUGGUGUGGACUAUGCCGGACCGGUGUCUAUCAAGACUUGGUGGGGACGUGGUCACAAGACCCAGAAGGGUUGGUUAGUGAUUUUCGUCUGCAUGGCCACGUCCGCUCUCCAUCUGGAAGCUGUCACGGGCUACACCGCGGAUGGUUUCAUCGCCGCCUAUCGGAGGUUCGUGAGUCGUCGGGGAUACUGCAGACACUUGUACAGUGAUUGUGGGACCAACUUCAUCGGGGCGGAUAAGGAGCUGAAGAAGUUGUUCUCCGCUGGAGCUAAGGAGUUCCAGCAUCUCUCUGCAGUAUGUCUCAAGGAUGGAACGUGUUGGUCGUUCAAUCCCCCUGGAGGCCCUCAUUUCGGGGGAAAAUGGGAAGCAGCGGUCAAGUCGGUAAAGUACCAUCUCGCUCGAACGGUUCGAGAUACGGCUCUCACGUUCGAGGAGCUCUCUACGCUGCUGUCCCAGAUUGAAGCCGUUCUCAACUUCAAGCCUCUACAAUCGCUCUCGGAAGAUCCUGACGAUGUGUCCUGCCUCACCCCGGGGCACUUCCUCAUUGGAGAAGCUCUAAUAGCGCUUCCGGAGCCCUCACUGGCACACCUCAACGUUGGACGACUCUCUAGAUGGCAACUGAUCCAGCAGAGGCUGCAGUUCUUCUGGAAGCAAUGGUCUACAGGGUACCUGCAGCAGUUCCAGUCCAUCUCCAAGUGGCAUCACCCGUCCAACGAGAUCAAGGUCGGCAGCCUGGUUCUUCUCUCCGACGAGCGGUUCCCGCCGGCGAAGUGGCCUCUUGCUCGGGUCACAGCUCUACAUCCUGGAAGGGACGGUUUCUCCAGAGUUGUGACCAUCAGGACCGCCUCGACGACGUUGACCAGGCCGAUCUCCAAGCUGGUCUCUGCAAACGAUCUCUACUCCUUCUGUGUCAGCAACGGGGUUCCUGACGGGAGGGAGAAUGUUGAGGCGACGGCCUGA